AUAAAGAAAUCAUAAUGAGCUGAUCCAAGAGAGAAACAAAAGAAAAGUCUCUGAAUAAGCAAAGAUGAUUAUGAGGGAAGAAGAAGAAGAAGAAGAAGACGGCUCAAUGAGUGUUAAAAGCAGUCUCUCAAACUUCCUCAAGAUCUUAUCUUCUUACAACUCCAAUGUCCUCUUAGCUGCUCUCGUCUUCCUCCUCUUAGUCGUCCUCUUCGUUCUCCUUCUCCAUUUCUACGCUCGCUUUUUCUGGUCUCCCUCUCAUCAAGAUUUAUCCUCAGCCGCUAGACGCCGCCGGAGAAGACGACGUAGUAACCGGAGAAGAACAGUGACUACAACAAGAAUCAUACCUUCUCUCCCACUCGACGGUGGAGGAGUUAAUACUCCUGCUGUUGUUGCUGCUGCCGUUACAACAAACGAUGACAAAGGUUUGGAUUUGUCAGUGAUAUCUUCGAUUCCUCUGUUCGUUUACGAAGAUGACGAGGAUCAAGAUGAAGAAGAAGAAGAAGAAGAGGAGUGUGUGAUAUGUCUUGGUUUGUGGGAAGUGGGAGAGUUUGGAAGAAAGCUAAGAAACUGCGGACAUGGGUUCCACGUAGAGUGUAUAGAUAUGUGGCUGUCUUCUCAUUCUACUUGUCCUCUCUGUCGUUCCCCUGUUCUCGCCGCCUCCGUUGAAGACAACUUCAAGCCGUCCGUUGACGCCGUAGUCCAAGAAGAAGCAGAGGUUAGAUUGCAACUGUCUCCAGGCGGAGAAGAAGAUCGGAGAUUCUCACUGUCUCUUGCUGAGAUCGAAGAUGAUGAUCACAAAACAGGGGUUGACGACGGAUACGGAGACCGUAACGGCGUUGGAGAAGGAGAGGUUAGAAUUGAAGUGUACGAUGAUGAGGAGGAGAUGGACGGUGGAGGAUCAUCAAGAGGUGAUCGGAGGUCAAUGUCAAUGACGUCAUCAGCGUCAAGUUCGUUGAAGAGGAUGUUAAGUUGUAGUAGUACAAGUAGUAGAUCGGAGCGUAACAAAGUGUUCCCGUCGGCGGCGCAAGAUUCGUCUAAGUAAACAAUAUUAUAUACUACAGAUUAAUUGAAAAAGUUGUUGUGUUGUGAUUUGUGAACAGUUUUGGAAAUGGAAUAUGAAUAACCAAAAGCAUUAAAAAAAAAAUUACAAGAGAGGUUAUCUAUUUGAUUAAGCUUUUGGUUGAAUCUAAUGAGAUUAUGAUUAGUGAUUACAUAUCAUGACGUUUGUUUA